AGCAUGUGUAUAAGGAACAAAACACCAGGGUGGAGAUGCACAGGACAGCACAUUUCAAGGUUCCUGACCACCAGCAGGUGAAAACCAUACACGUCCCCAAGUCCAUGAUGACUGCACCAUUUCUACAGCAUCCAACCCUCACAACUGGACAGAAACGAUAUCUCUACAGUAUUGCAAAUGUUUACAGCACCGAGCACAUGAGACGACUGAUGAAGCAACACUAUCUCAAUGUGCUGCACCGGUGUAUAAAAUCAGGUCAUAGCUCUUUGGAUGGAACCAAACAUACUACUGGAGGCCCACUGCUUAAAGAUCGGCUCACGUUCAAGAUGGACAAUGAGAGAGAUUCUGGAUCUAGGAUCAAGCCAUAUGGACAGAGGAAGGGCACCACAGUGCACUCUAUAGUUAUCCUCCCAAAGAUUACCAACAGUCCCAGUGCAGAGUGAGAAGAUUGUAUUUGAAAUAAUUAUAAUGAAGUCAGUCACACAUUAUAUUAUUCUGACAAUGUAUUGAAGUAUAGUAUAAUUUUUAUCAUUUCAAAACACAUUCUCCUUGUUGGUAACACAUUUAUUUGAGUCUCCCAUUAAACUGCUUAUAAGAAUUUUUAAAUAGUUUAUAAACCAUUAUUACAUACUGUACAUUUAUUGUCUGUUGAUUAUUUAUAUAUGAUUACAGGUCAUUUUAAUAAUAAAUGGUUUAAAACUUAAAGGUAGAGUCAGCAAUAUGAAGUGGAUGCACAAAUUAAACAGCAUAGCGUGCCAAUUUCUGCAACAAGGGCGUUGGAUCGCGAGUCUAAACUUCACUGUUUUGGUCCCGUGGCUACCACCUUGUAAGAGCAUGAAGGGAACCUUUGCACAUGCGCAGAUACUGUGUGUGACUGUGAGAGCAGUCUUUCAUUUUGCUCGUCAAUAUCUGCAGGUGCUGCUCAUGCAAUGUCAUUUUGCUGACUCUACCUCUUAAUUUGCAGUUGAUAAUGUGCUGAGUAUUUGAAAAAAGUAAAAUAUAAUCCCACCAAAAAGCAGGGGCAAAACAAUAUACAGAAACAUCUGAAGAGAAAUAAGUGACAGCUGGGAAGGUUUCUGCAAUAGGCCUGUGAGAUUAUUAUGUAACAAUGUGUUUGUAGUACAGUGUGACUGCUUGACAAUAAAUUAUAUUG